AUACCGGUAGUUGAUUAGGACAAAAAUCCUGGUGAAAGAAAGUAACAUGUAGCGAGAACUCAAAGCAACCUCCGUGUUUCAAGUAACAAUCAAACGCCCGCUAUCUACAAAUCUCUACCUUGUGAUGAUGUUUAUGAUUGCUCCAUCACUACUUACGUAAUCACAUUCACACCCUCCCCUCCCAGUUUUGAUACAGCAUAAAUAGGAAUACUCCCUUUAAUUUUCAGGUUUAUUGUUUUCGUUUUCCCCCUAAUUGCUCUGAGUUCUUCCCUUAAUCUUGCAACCGCCCAUCGCUCUCUUGCUGAUAUUGAAAACGGGAGCUCGCUAAUAAUGGCUAAGGAAGCAGGCGCGAAUAAUGUUAGUGUGAAGCCUCCUCCUGAGCCUUCACCCUUGAGGAAAGCUAAAUUUUUUAAGGCAAAGAUGAGAAUCUUGGUUACUGGUGGAGCUGGAUUCAUUGGGUCUCACUUAGUUGAUAAGCUGAUGGAAAAUGACGAGAAUGAGGUAAUUGUUGUGGACAACUACUUUACUGGAUCAAAGGACAACUUAAAGCAAUGGAUUGGUCAUCCAAGAUUCGAGCUUAUGCGGCGUGAUGUGACACAGCCGCUGUUGGUGGAAGUUGAUCAAAUCUACCAUCUUGCUUGUCCUGCUUCCCCAAUUUUCUACAAAUACAACCCCGUGAAGACACUAAAGACAAAUGUAAUAGGGACGCUAAACAUGUUGGGACUCGCCAAGCGAGUAGGAGCAAGGAUUUUGUUGACAUCAACAUCAGAGGUUUAUGGUGAUCCGCUCGUGCAUCCCCAGGAAGAAAGCUACUGGGGCAAUGUGAACCCUAUAGGAGUUAGGAGCUGUUAUGACGAGGGAAAAAGAGUAGCUGAAACUUUGAUGUUCGAUUAUCAUAGGCAGCAUGGAGUUGAAAUAAGGAUUGCAAGGAUCUUCAACACUUAUGGACCACGGAUGAACAUUGAUGAUGGUCGGGUUGUCAGCAAUUUCAUAGCUCAAGCAAUACGUGAUGAACCGUUGACAGUUCAGUUGCCUGGGACACAAACAAGAAGCUUCUGUUACGUCUCUGACAUGGUUGACGGUCUUAUUCGACUAAUGGAAGGAGAUGAUACUGGGCCAAUCAAUAUUGGGAAUCCAGGUGAAUUUACAAUGCUUGAGCUUGCUGAGGCUGUGAAAGAGUUGAUAAAUCCGGAAGUCCAAAUCAUAACAGUGGAGAACACUCCAGACGACCCUCGCCAAAGAAAGCCGGUCAUAACAAAGGCAAAGGAAUCGCUGGGCUGGGAACCAAAGGUGAAGUUGCGGGAAGGCAUUCCGCUCAUGGAGGCGGACUUCCGCCAGAGACUUGGGAUUCCAGGGAAGAACUGAAUGCUCUUCUACCUCUCGAGAUGUUUGCGGCUUUUAUGCGCCUUCUAAAUUCUUUUUUUUUAGGCAUAAUAGUAUAGAUAUGAAGAUGUUUUGGGUGGUGAUUGUUUUGAAAUAUUUUGAUGAGCGAAUUGGUUCUAUAGUUAAAAAAGUUAUAAUGUGAUUCAAACAAGAAGCUCGCAGUUAUGAUUCUCGAUCUUACCACUUGAAUUUAAAGUCAUUGAUGAGAGGAGCUUGCAUCAAUCCUACCACUCAAACAAAAGCUUUCUAACUCUAAUCUCAUUUUGAACAGCCUAGUUUGUAUCCUACAUCAUCUCCCCUUUUAAUGUCUUUUUAUUUAUAAAAUUAUCUUAAAAAUAAAAAAAUAAAUGAGAGAACAAAAGAAAAAUAUAAUUAAAAAUUGUGAGAGGAUUUUAAAUUGAUAGUCCAAACUGAUGAUUCACAAUUUUAUAUAAAAUUGAUAACAAACUCGAAUUAUUUUAAAUGAAAUAUUUAUGGGUGGAAUAUGUUUCAAAAUAUUCUUAGAAAUAUUUUAUGGAGUGGAUAAUAUAAUAGAGAUGAAUCAUAACAGAGUCUUACAUUUUUAUCCAAUUCUUUUGCGACGGCAGAAGAUUACGAUAAAGCAGAUAUGGGCGUCGUUGCUCGCAGCCACUCAGUCGCCGUCGGAGAACGCCCUGUGUGAGAGCGGCAGCUCGCACGCACUUCCCUGCUCCGCCGCGUACUCUUGAAUUCGCGUUCCUCUUCCUCUAUAACAAUGUCUUGUUCCAAUUUCACUUCCACUUCCGACCAAAUCAUCGAACACAUCGUGCUUUACAAACUCAAGCCCGACGCUGAUCCUCCCGCCGUCAACGCCAUGCUCAGCAACCUCAAUAGACUUGCAUCCAUCGACUCAGUCCUCCAUCUCUCUGCCGGCCCCGUUUCCCGCUGCCGCUCCAACUCCCUUACCUUCACCCACAUGCUCCACUGCCGGUACCGGUCCAAACCCGACUUGAUUUCCUACUCGGAAAACCCAAACCACAUCAGCGUUGUCGCCGAUUACGUCAAGCCCGUCGUUGAUGACGUCAUGGCCGUCGAUUGGGUAGCCAAUGACUUCUCGUGUUCACCGGUGAUCCCUCCAGGAUCGGCCUUGAGGUUGACCAUUUUGAAGCUGAAAGAAGGCACGGGGGAGAGUGGGAAAAACGAGGUUUUGGGGUGUUUGAGGGGUAUCAAGCAGAAAUAUCCCUCAAUUGAGCAGUUGACGGUAGGGAAGAACUUCUCGCCGGGGAGGGCCAAGGGGUUUUCGAUUUGCUCGAUUGCGGUUUUCAAGGGAUUGAAGGAACUGGAGACCUUGGCAUCGGAAUCGGAGACUGCGGUUGAGCAGAUUAGCGAGUUUCUUGAUGGAGUGGUGGUGGUGGACGCCGUGGUGCCCGGGACUCUUCCAUCGGCAUGCCUAUAAAGCGCGUUUCUUCAUUGCUGAGAUUAAAAGUGUUGGAAGCUUUAUCUUGCGUACAUUCCCACUUUGAACUAGGGAGCCCCAAUUAAAUUGGAUGCAGCCGGGGCUGGACUGAAGUGUGUGUGUGCGGCAUCAAGAUUGAUUUUGAUUCUUUCCAAAAUAUAAUUGGGUGUCAAGGCCUGUAUGGACUGCAGAUCCAUCCUAUUAUCUGUUCUUUUGUGUGUAGUAGAUUCAUAUGUUCAUCAUCUUAUAUUUAUGCAUCUUAUUCACAGUUUUGUC